AUGUAUAUUUGUGUGGUAAACGAAGAAAAGAAACAAAGAAGCUUUAAACCUUACGGUAAGUCACCAAAUCUUAUUAAGGACGUAUUUUACCGUGAACUCUAACAGAGCCAGACUGAGCCAAUUUUUUUGACUAGGCUCUUGAGUACACUUUUGCCAGUCUGGUCCCUUUCAAUUUUGUUUUAGCUCAGCCCAGCCAGGCGCGGAAUUAGGCCGAUGCCAGGAUUAACAGUCCCUUUUCAAGUUUAAUUUUUACAAAUAAUAGCAAUGGCUAAAACUGAAAAUAAUCUUGCAAAAAAUAAUUAUAGCUUGUGCAACUGAAAACAACGUGAACACAACGUUGAUCAAGCCCAACACUACCUGGAAUGAUCAAUAUUUUCGAUAUAAAUGCGAGAAGGACGACAAUAAACUUACUCUGAAGGCUUUGAGUAAGUAAAAAGAAUUAAAAAUAGUAAUGUAUAGUAUCAAGUAUACUAUAUAAUGUUUUAAAAUUAUGCUCAAAGAUCAAAAAUAGUAAAAUACGGCUUCUUCUAAUUCGUUUAGUUAUAAUUUUAGCUUGUCUACUCAGCGAUGUUCAUGUAACAGCAGGUACGACUAUUCGUAGAGGUGAAACUGAGUACCAAUGUGUUUUGGAUAACAGUGUUUAUAUGAAACUUAUUCAGAAAAGAAGUAAGUUAUUGUCAUUUAGCACAAUGUAGGAUAGGGUAGGGUAAGGUAGGGUAGGUAGGGUAGGGUAGGGUAGGGUAGGGUAGGGUAGGGUAGGGUUGGGUAGGGUAGGAUACGGUACAAUACGGUACGGUACGGUAAGGUACGGUAGGAUACAGUAGUGUAGGGUAAGGUGAAUUUUGGUAAAAUUUAGUAUCUUUAGCGUGCACUAUAUAAACUAACUAAUUACUUUUAGUGCUCCACGACUUCUGUAUGCCCGGAAACCAAAACGACAGUAUGUUAGAAAACGACCAAUGCCCAGGCUUGUCGAUAAGCGCCAUUCACGCUAAAUACGGCUCUGGAACGGCAGUGACUUUUGAUGAGAAGACUAUUGUCGAUGAGGAAUAA